CAUAAAAAAAUAUCCGGACUCUGAAAAAUCUCCUAUUCUUCCCUCAGUCUCUCCCCUCCACCAAUCGGUCACCGCAAGCCUCCGCCACCUCGCCGUCGCCGUCGCCGUCGCCGUCGCCGUCGAGUUCGACGUCGUAUCCCCUUGCCGUGCCGUCACCUCUCGUCGUAGAGCCCCCAGCCAUCGCCUGCGCCGAUCGUUUCGCGUCCCCUCUCGCCCAAGCCACCGUCUCCGUCCCCGACUCUCUCCUCGAGGCAGCGGACGAGGCCGGAUCUGGGCUUGGCGAGAUUGGAAGCGAUGGUCCCCCACUCCCCACUCAUGGCUUGAAGGAAGGCCGCAGGUAUCUUCCAGGCGAACGCAGCGAAAGUGAGAGAUCUCUCUCCGUCGUGUCGUCAAGUUGUUACAAGGAUCAAACUCAAGACUUCCCAAGUCACUGGGCAGACUCAAUUCGGGGAUCCAUCACUCCGUCUUGCUACUAGAAUGAAGAGAAAGAGGGAGGGAGAAGGGACGGCGACGGUAGCUGGGACAGGCAGUAGCCGUGAUGGUGGAUCGGGGAGGGGUUACGAGGUGUUCCUAAGUUUCAGAGGGCCCGACACUCGCUUAACCAUUGCUGAUUGUCUCUACCAUGACUUGGACCGUGCGGGCAUCAGCGUUUUUAGAGACGACGAAGAGCUCCGAUUUGGCGAAAAGAUCAAAGGCCUCUUGCAAAAGAUCAAUGACUCCAGAAUUUACAUCCCGAUUUUUUCCAAGGACUAUGCUUCAAGUAAGUGGUGCCUCCGUGAACUGGCACGCAUGGUGGAGCAAUCGACAGCUAACGAUGAGAAAGUGAUCCUCCCUAUAUUUUACGACGUGGACGUGGAUGAUGUCAAGCUUAAGACUAAGUUAUAUCGGAAAGCCCUUCGGAAGCACAAGAGCGACUACGGGAAGGAUUUAGUAAAGAAGUGGAAGAAGGCUUUAAGAAAGGUUGCUAGAAUUAGAGGAAGGAAGCCGGGUAUUAUUUGCUUCUCCAUUGACUUUAUUUUCUUUGUUGAGAUUUUCAAUUUCUCGUUCCUUUAA